AUGAAACCCAGCACUCCAACCGCCUCCGAGCAACAACAGGGAACCGAAGACAUAUGGAAAGAUCCAAAGGUUGUUGAAGACUACCGGUCCGCGGAGAAGGUGACCACUGCUUUUGCGACGUCACUGAUUGAGCAGUCAGGUAUCUUGUCCAUUCGGAGUGAGGAGGAAUCACUGUCCAUUCUAGACAAUGCUUGCGGGACAGGGGCCGUCUCGGCCGUUCUGCAUGAGAUGCUUCCUGAUUGGAAGACCAAGUGUAAGUGGAAGUUGACAUGUGCAGAUCUGUCUGAGGCAAUGGUCAAUGCUGUCAAGGAGAAGAUAGAGGUUGAAGGAUGGGGAAACACCGACACUGCUGUCGCGGAUCUGCAGGAGACCGGAUUGCCGGCUAGCAACUACAGUCAUGUAUUUGCCUCAUUUGCGAUAAUGGGUGUACCAAAACCACAGGAGAGCCUUGAUGAGUGCCUCCGAAUUCUAAAGCCGGGUGGAACACUCGCAUUCACAACCUGGAAAAAGAUUGGAUGGAGUGAUGAUGUCAACGCUGCCAUUGCUACCGUGGCCCCCGAUCUUCCACGACCCACGUCCGACGAGUUCCUAAUGUCACUCGGAAGCGGCGACGAAUGGCACAAUCCCGCCUGGGUUGAAAGUCAGCUGCAGAAGCGAGGGCUCGGAGAUAUCCAGGUCAGGCUUGUGCAAAAGACUAUGGCAACAAGCACACAUUCGGAGAUGAUGCCAGCAUUGACUCCAAUUAUGUUGCAUUUACCAGCGAGGUUUUGGAGCGAGGAGCAGAGGGAAAAGUAUGGCUCUAGUUUAGCACCGGCAGUCUCAGAUUACUUGACAUCAAGGUACGGUGUUGACAACCCUAUUCCCAUGGACUGGAUAGCCAUCGUGGCUACUGCAACGAAGCCAGUCGAGACGAAUUAG